UGUGAAAAGUCAUACAAACGUUUGGGAAUUGUUCGAAGCGUUACCAAAGAGAAACUCUACCACUGCUCCCGUUGUGAUAAAAUAUUUAGCAUGAACACCAGUCGGGUGAUACACAAGAACACUCACACUGGGGAAAAACCAUUUGAGUGUCUGUAUUGUGGGGAAUGUUUUGUGAAUAAUUCCAAACUUGUGGCACACCAGAGGACUCACACAGGAGAGAAGCCGUAUGAGUGUCUGGAUUGUGGGAAAAAGUUCAAUCAUAAUUCGAACCUGGUGAUACAUCAGCGGACUCACACUGGAGAAAAACCAUAUGAGUGUCUGUAUUGUGGGGAAAGUUUCAGCCAGAAUUCAAACCUGGUGGCACACCAGAGGACUCACACUGGAGAAAAACCAUAUGAGUGUCUGUAUUGUGGGAAAAGUUUCAGUCAGAAUUCCAAUCUGGGGAAACACCAGAGGACUCACACGGGAGAGAAACUCUAUUGUUCAGAUUGUGGAAAAGGUUUUACUUGCAAUUCUGACCUGGUGUUACACCAGAGGACUCACACAGGAGAAAAACCAUAUGAGUGCCCAGAUUGUGGGAAAAGUUUCAGUCGGAAUUCCUCCCUUAUAGAACACCAGAGGACUCAUACAGGAGAGAAACCAUAUGAGUGUCCAGAUUGUGAGAAAAGUUUCAUUAAUAAGUCUUACCUAGUGAUACACAAGAGGACACACACAGGGGAGAAACCAUAUCAAUGCGCAGAUUGUGGGAAAAGUUUCAAGCGUAUUUGCCAUCUGGGGAGACACCAGAGGAUUCACACAGGAGAGAAACCAUAUGAAUGUCCGGAUUGUGGGAAAAGGUUCAGACAGAGUUCCACCCUGGUGAUACACCAGAGGACUCACACAGGAGAGAAACCAUAUGAGUGUCCGGACUGUGGGAAAAGUUUCAGUCAGAAUUCUCAUCUGAUCUUACACCAGAGGUCUCAUACAGGAGAGAAACCAUAUGAGUGUCUAGAUUGUGGGAAAAGUUUCCAGCAGAAUUCCAAGCUGGUGAUACACCAGAGGAAUCACACAGGAGAGAAACCAUAUGAGUGUCCGGAUUGUGGGAAAAGGUUCAAUCAGAAUUCCGACCUGGUGACACACCAGAGAACUCACACAGGAGAGAAACCCUUUGAAUGUCUAUAUUGUGGGAAAAGUUUCAGUCAGAAUUCGAACCUGGUGAUACACCAGAGGAUUCACACGGGAGAAAAACCAUAUGAGUGUCUGGACUGUGGGAAAAGAUUCAAUCACAAAUCCCACUUGGUGAAACACCAGACCACACAUACAGGAGAGAAACAGUACUGUUCAGAUUGUGGGAAAGGUUUUACUUGCAAUUCUGACCUGGUGGUGCACCAGAGGACUCACACAGGAGAAAGACCAUAUGAGUGUCCAGAUUGUGGAAAAAGUUUCAGUCGGAAUUCCUCCCUUAUAGAACACCAGAGGACUCACACAGGAGAGAAACCAUAUGAGUGUCCAGAUUGUGGGAAAAGUUUCAAGCGUAAUUCCCAGUUGGGGAUACAC